AUUGAGUCAUGAUUGUGUUCACACUUCCCACUCAAAUGUGACAAUAAUCAGCCUGGAGAAUAUAGAUUGUGCGUUUCUUGCUUUCGUAGCAUACUAGAGCUGCAGCAAACCCAGGAGAUUUAGGAAAUGGGGAGAGACCUGAAACACAUCGACUUCGCUGCCGUGAGCAAAGCCUUGAGGUCCAGUUCUCUGGCUUGGAAUAAUGCUAAGAUCGAGUAUGACCAGAUUGUUGAGGUGCCUUACCACAGUUUGGUUACUAAGAAGAGGGACGGGUCCGAUUGCCGCAAGGUGAUAAGCCAAAUUAACUUCUCUUUGUUGCAGAGGAUAAAUGGUGGAAUCAAUGCUCUAACCGCUAAGUCCUUUGUUAUUGAGUAUGAGCUGAGGUGCAACAUGGACAAUGAUCCCAUUUAUGGGAGGAUAGAAAAUUUUAGCUUAUCCUUUACCGUUGAUUGGAACGUCUGCCACAUUGAUAUAACAUGCGUCCCAGGGCCAAUAGAUGCUGUUGUUGUAGAUGCUGAUCUUCGGGCUAUGUUGAAUGAAGGGAUUGUUCGGAAUUUGAAAAAAUUCGCAGGUCUUACUGGCCUGUAUCCUAAGCAGGUACGGGACACUCACAAGGCGGCUCAGUUGAUAAAGGUGUUUUGGCAUGGUCUAAUUGGCCAGAGCAAGGUUACCCGCUUGGUCAAGGGGUGCCUUAUGUAUUUAGAGCGAUUGGAGAAAGGGCCGGCUGAGUUUAAAGCAUACAGGCCGAACACACUUAGGUAUACAGUUGAGGAUCUUCUUCCUACAAUGGAUUACGGGGAAACGGCUUAUGUGUUUACAACAAAUGAGAGUGGUGUUUCUUCAAAUGCCAUUCUGUAUGGUAUGUGUGAGGAGUACCCACACCCAAACUUCGGGGGGUAUGAGCACAUAUCGAUACCAGCUGAUGGUAAAACCAUCUAUCUGGUAGGGUAUGAGCUAGAGCAGUUUAAGACUGAUGUCUUCUUUACACCGGAGAUGAUCUGGGGGACGUUGAUCCAGUACGCUGACCAGUUUAAUAUAGGGUCAGCUUUAGAACAAGCGCUGAUCAUUGCUUGCUCACUUAAAGAGAAUAGAUAUAUGGUCCGAGGGUGCUUGCCCCAAGUGUUUAGUCGUUGUGAUUUAGUGUACCCGGCACUCACGCGCAGCAAGGAGGGUGUGAGUGGGAACACGAUCAUAAACGCUGCUAAGGCAACCAUGGUUGGGAGGUACCAUCAGAUGGUGAAUUUUGUCCUCUUCAAGGAUCUGGAUGUUAGCUUGCAGAACACGAGGUUCAACCAGAACCGUGAUCUAGCCUCUAUCAUAGGGAGACACCACCUCCAACUUAUGGAGUACAUGGAUGACAUCGGAGUUGUGGAUAUGUUGAAGGUGAGCAAGGCAUUCACUUGGCUCACAAGCUUGAGGUCUGCUGACAUGGACAGGUUGCGGCAGAUGAGUGUGUUUGAGGGUUUCUGGCUUAUCAAUUACCCCAAAACUGUGUUGAAGGAUGGGGUAAUCAAGUCACUUAAGAAGGGAUACAAAAACGGUAUUAGCAUUAUGAUGCCAGGGGUGUUUUUUGAUAGUUUCGAAACUCUGAUGCGCGAAGUUGAGAUAGGUAGCGGUAAGUAUCUGGCAGAGAUACCCAACGGUGGGUUUAAUGUGAGCUUUACGAAUCUUACAUGUGAAGCGCCGCCACCUGUGAGGAAAAUAGUCUUUGAUAAUGAAGGGGAGAUGGAGGUUGGAUUUAAUUAUGACUUCCUGGGGCCGAAAACGUUGAUGUUCCAGUCUGUUGGUGAAGUGGCCACGCCUUCGCGUUUCCACAUAUAUAGAGAGGAUGCUGAGUAUGGAUGGGAAUGUGGGUCUAAUGGCGAGUUUCCACCUGAGGCAGAGGAUGAGCAUAGCCCAAAGGAGAAACAGCCUCAGGGGGGGAUUAAAGGAAACAAACUCAAACAGAAUGAUCAAAGAGCAUGAAAAAUCAGCUUGCCUAAGAACCUGCAGAAUACAUGGUCAUCACAGAAGUAAUCUACACAUGUCAAAGAGGAGCCUAAAUUUUGAGAGAAUCAAUUGUACUUGCAAGCAAAUAUCACAUGUUUACUACUCCGGGUAUAAAAAUAUUCCUGUUCUUAUAUAUUCCUUACUCUCUCAAAUCUCAUCGACCUGUUCUUAUAAAGAUGGAUGGGGAUGAAAAAUCAGCAUCUUACAAAAUAAUGACUUUGGUAUCCGUUUGUUUGGAUGAUGUGAUUUGUUUCAAUUGAGAUUUUUUCUGAUAAUAGAUCAAUAUAAUGAACUUCUGAAUAUAGGAAUAAUGGAAUAUAC